AUGCAUCGUCUUUUUGCUGAGCUGGAGCCAUCUUUAAUCGUCACAGAGCAAAACCUGGCAGACCGAGUUCGGUAUAUCUUGCGCUCAAAUAUAUUUGAUGUCGCCGAACUCGAACGGCUACGACGUGAGGCUGUUCCCUCGUCGGAUGAGAAUGCUACGGCUGAGGAUGCGGCGCCACAAAUGGUAGAGCAACCCGCAAACGUGGAUGCCGCCGUGAAUACCCCAGUUGUGGUUGAUUCAAACGAUGAUGGAACAGUCGCCCAGGAACUGGAAUUAGAGCAUAUGAGGAGUAUAUUGGAAGAGGCGAUUGUGGAAACGCGCAGUACGCCUCUCGAAAAUCGACCGCGACUUCCCCGCAUAGCCCUAAGCAAGCGGAAUCGGGCUGUCGUGAGGGCUCUGAACCCAAUGCUGGUUACCUAUUUGGAAGCCAGCCGGGACCUUUGCGAGACGGACUCAAUUCUUUUUGGCGCCGCGCUGGCAGUCUGCCGUAUCAUAGGCGCCAAGGUUUCCACGGCUGGACGCGCUACUGGCCAUAGUAGCGCUAUCCCAGCAUGGAGAAGAAGAAUUGAGGAACGUAUCGCAAAGGCUAGAGCUCUCAUCGGCAGACUGAUAUGCUUCAGAUCAGGCAACAACAGGCCAAGAAUUGUGCGCACCGUCAGGAUGGCGUUUGCUGGGACAAAUGUCAGUUUGUCCCAGCCGGAUAUAACGCAAAAACUGACGGAGCGCAUAGAUGAUCUGAAGCAGAGAAUCGCUGCUUGGGGAAAGCGGAUUCGGCGAUAUACCGAGAGGUCGACACGGUUCAACCAGAAUCGUCUCUUCCAGAGUGAUCAGAAGAGGCUCUAUGAAUCAUUGGAGCGACCAAUGGUAAGUGGAACGGGUCCAGCACCGGAUCAGGCCGACACUGUAGCAUUCUGGCGCGGCCUGUGGUCAGAGCCCGUAAACCACAGCGAGGGCCCUUGGACGGAAGUUGUGGCGAGUCAGUGUGCGGGUAUUACGCCCAUGGACCCCGUCAUCAUAACGCCGGAUGACGUAGCUGAGGCGGUUCGUAGGGCCCCCGAACUGGAAAAGUCCGGGGCUUGA